AUGAAUUAAGAAAUAUCGAGAGCUGAAUUAUUGCAAUGGGUUAACGAUUUACUAAAAACCACUAUUAACAAAAUUGAAUAAUUAGGAACUGGGGCCAUAUAUUGUUAACUUAUUGAUGCAGUUCAUCCAGGAAAAAUCCAAUUAAGUAAAGUAAAUUGGAGAGCAAAGUAAGAAUAUGAGUUUGUUAACAAUUUUAAGAUCCUCUAAUAAUCAUUCACGAAAUUGGGAUUAUAAAAACCCAUUGAAAUUGAAAAAUUGACAAAAUGCAAGUAUCAAGACAAUCUUGAAUUCCUCUAAUGGAUGAAAAAAUAUAUCGACACUCAUUAUAUUCCAAAAGAUUAUGAUCCAAUGACAAAAAGAGGAAAUCAAGAUUUUGAAGAUCCUGACAAACAAAUUAGAAAUUAAUCAAAACCUAAAGUUCUAACAAAAAACAAUACUAAAGAUCAAUAAAUAAUUCAAAACUUAUCUAAGAAUUCCUCCUUUGCAACAAUUUAACUUUUAAAUAAUGACUUUUCUAAUAAAGAAAACAGAUAGGCUUCUAUGACAGAUUUAUUAUUGUAAAUUGAAACGUUGAAAUGCGAAAGGGAUUUUUAUUACGUAAAAUUGAAAGAUUUGGAUGGAUUAAUGGAUUAGCAUCUGCAAUAAGCUUUGACAGCAGAUUAACUUUGUAAAGGGAUUAAAGAAAUUCUAUAUAAUACUCACGAUAAAUCUAUAGUGGUGCAACAAAAUGGAGAUCUAGAAGUGGCUUACUCUGAGAAUAAUGAGGAUUCAAAAUCUGAAAUCUGUAAAACAGAACAAAAUUAAUCAGAUGAUACAUCCAUUAAUUGAUUAUUAUUACAUAUUUUAAUACUAUUUUUAUUCUGCA